UCUGACCUUUCACAACAGUCCAGCGAAACUAACGACAAGCCGCCUGCUUACGAGGAUGCCGCUCCUUCUUCUCAAGUGAAGGACGUCAAACGUGCUCCGGUCAUGGAUGCAAGCCCCAUCUAUGUCCCUCACGCAGGACCUUCCUCUUCUGCAAAUCCUGUGGUCUUCCAUUACCACAACUCUCGAACGGGCGAACACGUCGCUUCUCUGCUCCCUCCCGAUCACCCUGAAAUGAUAUGUCUACAGGCAGGAGAGCACGUUCCGAUGACUAACUACGGUUUCCUUGGUAUCCUGGCCGCCGUAUUUUGGUUCCCUCUGGGGGUCGGUCUGUGCCUGCUCGAUCGGCGAGUCAAGUGCGCUCGGUGUGGACACGUCAUUGAGGAUGGCUUCUGUUAUUGAAGGGAUGAUCAUCCGCUCUAUGUUUCUCUCUCUCCGGACAAUGUACAUUUACAUCACACACGAUUGUAUGUUCCUUCUGAUAAUGUGAUGGCUGGAGUCGGAGACUGUCAAUGUCGG